CGGCAGAUGACAUAUUGACCGAGGCGACUGGGAAAAUCCAAUUCAGCCAGUGAAAAUGAUACUACACCCAGUAAUCCUCCUAGUGUUUUUACUUCAGUUGGUACACAGAACUGCAUACAGGAUCCCAAUAAAUGAAGCUGAAAGUAAUGCCCCAAGAGAAGAUGAUGCGCUGGCACAACAAGAUGUGAGGAGAAAUGAAGGUGAGAAAAGAAACAAGAGGAACUGCAAUGUUGUUCCAUUUGAUGUUCAGUGCCAUGGCCGUUGCCCUUAUACUGAAAAUGAAUGGAAUUCAAUGAGAAGCAGUUGGAAUUGCUCAAAUGAAAGAGUAGGGGCAACAUAUCAUUGUACAGACCCAGAUGAUGAAAGUGGAAAUCCUAUAGAAGCUUGUGUAGUUCCAAAGUAUUGUGAUAAAGGAAAAAGGCCUGUCAUUUCAUUUCCACAAGGUCAUUUGAAAACAGCUUAUAUAAAUUGUACCUGGUGCCCAGAAGAAUAUUUUAAUCCUCAUGAAUCAAUAUGGUCAGCUAACGUUUCAAAAUGCCCAGAACCCAGGAAAAAGUGUGGACAUCGUGAUCAAAUAGAGUGUGAUAUAGUGACCGGUGUGAAACGGCACUGGACUAACUCAAAAUGUGAAUGUGAUAUAAAGAACAAUUAUUUUCCCUUAGAUAGUGAAAAUCAAUGUACUGAUCAGUCCUUAUACUGUUUUGGGUAUCUGCCUUGUAAGAAAUCACCAGAGGGAUUUGAUCAAAUAUACAUCUUUUCUGUGUCAGAAGGUAAGGUGUUUUAGAUUUUUUUCUGGUCAUUUGAAAAGAGCUCCACUGAAGUCAAUUGCCUGAAAAUGUAAAAUUUUGAAUUCUUAUACAUGUACAUGUAUAUAGAACUAGUUAUGCUCUUAAAAUGUGAAAAUUUGCAAAAGAUAUAGAGGCUAUUUGUUCAGUUCUGUGUAAGAUUGGAAUAUAUAUUUCACGGAGUGAGCACCAAAAGGUAUAUUUCACAAGUGGCGCAGCCAUGAGUGAAAUAUGAACUUUUGGUGUUCACGAGGUGAAAUAUAUUUCGAUCUAACAUUAAACUAAACAAAUUUUCUUUUUAUGCCCCCACAAAGUGUGGAGCAUAUAGCGUUGCACUUGUACGUCCGUACGUCCGUCCGUCCGUAUGGCCGUCCAUACGUCCCGAAAUCUUGUGAACGCUAUUCCUCUUAAACGGAUGGCAGAUUUUGCUUCAACUUCCAGGGAUGAAUCACCAUAAUGUGUAGAUAGAAGAAAAGGAAGGAAAUUUUGCUGUGACCAAAUUUGUUGUCAGUGGGGGCAUCCGUGUCCUUUGGACACAGUUUUAGUUAUUACAUGCAAAGAAAUGUUAAAAAAGAUAUUUUAACCUAAUUCUUAAUGUAAAGUGUGCCAAAUAAUAAUACAACGUGACGUCAUUUAUGACGCAUUUAUGACGUCACGUCAUUAAGUUGGUAUCCAGUACUGUGCACGCUGGUAUUUCACUGCUUAGAUUUAAAACAGUGAAAUUAUCAAAUUGAUUAUAUCAUUGUUUAAAACAGUGAAAUUAUCAGUUUUAAAUUUCACUAACCACCGAAAAGCUUGUUAUGAAAAAAAAGAAAUGUACUGUUAAAGCUACUCUCCGUCACAAAACUGGUCUGAAAAGCAUAAACAUACAAUGUAUUUGUUAACAGUUAUAAAAUAAAAAAUAAAUAUGGGUAGAAGUAAAAUUUACAGUUUCCACAAGAUCACUUUGACCUUGUCACAAUAUGGACUACGAUGGAGCACAGGCUGAUCAUAACUACAAAGCACAACU